GCACCACAGCAUGAACACAAACUUUAGUGUGACAGCAGACAGAGACAGCUCGCUGGUGUAACACUGACUCUGGGAUGGCGACGUUGAGUUGUUUAGUCUAAAAGUUAAACCGGUCACCAGUUGGACCGUAACACCGGCAGCGGUCGGAGCUGAGCCGCCAUGGGGACUCGGUGGUCCCGCAGCGACAGCAGCCUGUCGCUGCUCCCGGAGAGGGAGAACCCUGAGCGGCGAGGAGAGGACAGAGACUCCGAUAACGACUCUUUGGACGGGCUGGUCAGACGGGAGGACAUAGCUCAGUUUCCCUACGUGGAGUUCACCGGCAGGGACAGCAUAACAUGUCCAACAUGCCAAGGCACUGGAAGAAUCCCCUCAGAGCAAGUGAAUGAACUGGUGGCAUUGAUCCCAUACAGCGACCAAAGGCUGCGGCCUCAAAGAACGAAGCUGUAUGUGGUCCUGUCGGUUGUGUUGUGCCUCCUGGCUUCUUCACUCGUGGCCUUCUUCCUCUUCCCUCGCUCCGUGGUUGUGGUGGAUGAUGGGAUACACUCAGUGUCUGUACGCUUCGACAACUACAACAUGAAGGUCUUAAUGAACAUGACGAGCACUCUGAACUUGAGCAACCCAAACUUCUUCUCGGUGCUGGUGCAGAGCGUGAGCAGCCAGGUCCUCUACAUGAAGACUGUGGUGGGAAUCCUGCAGCUCGACAACGUCACCACCAUUCUUCCUCUCAGCCAGAGUCAGGUCAACUACACUGUGAGGGUGGAGAUUGGCAGCAGUGCACCGUAUGUCUAUGCCUUCUGCACCAUGCCCAGCAUUAAGGUCCACAACAUUGUUGUAUUUAUGCAAACCUCAGUGAAAACCUCCUACAUGGUGCGAACCUCCCAGAACAGCCUGGAGGCCUACCGCUACAUAGACUGUGGUUCCAACACCACCCGCCACCACACCGCCAGGCAGCGCUGGCACCUCUCGGCCCACCCACCAGCCACGUCCCUCAGCCCCCCUCUGCUGUGAGGACACACACCUCUUCUCAACAUCAUCACACACUCCUGGAGGGAUUAGCACAAAAAACCCACCAGCCGCCUAAAACCAAAACGGUGCUUUUUUUUUCUAAGCUCAAACAGAAUGAGUAACAUCAAGUAGCUAUUCACUUGUGCCAUCGAAUGAUGAAGCUGGAAAACAGGGCUGUGGGUGUUUUAGUCUAGAUACAAGU